GGCGAGAGGGGCGAGAGGGUUGAGAGAGCGCAGCCAGAGAGUGAGGAGAGGGAGGCGAGAGAGAGAGAGACACACACGCAGGGGUGUUAACGUUGGAGGCGGUGUUGGUGCGGGGGAAUGGACAGGCGCGCAGCACCGCGCACCGAGCGCUAGAACUCGGCCGUGCCGCGGGAGGGUGUAGGGGGGGGUGAUCCGAGUGAGCAGCCCCGAGACAGCGCGCCGCACGCACGACACGCAGCACCCUCCUCCUCGCUCGCUCGCUCGGAGCGCGCGGCACUUGCAGCGAGCGCAGUGGGAGGCGACUCGGCUCAGACGCUCGGAGGCGGCGCGCACCGCGAAGACGACGCCGCGAUCCACGUCGAGAAGGGAACGACGCAGUUCGAGCGCGCGUCCGUUCCUCGCGCGUCCGCCCGUGCACGCGCGUCUAGUUCUGUUGUCUUUCAAACUCAUCCACGCCACCCCCUCCGCCACCCACCCACCCCCCCAACCCCCGCUUAUACGCGCACGCGCGCGUGUACGCACGUGCGCGCGCGCGUGCGUGUCGCGCUCCUCCAGCCGCAACUCGCUAUCGACGACAAUAGCCGCCUCUUGACAGUCCUCCGUUCGCUCACGUCGCCAACGGAGUGGGGUCCACCGUUAGCCCGGUGUCUCGUCCCAUCACGUCACGCGGCAGCCUCGCCCCCCUGAGCGAGGCGAGGCGAGGCGAGGCGAUUCGUAGCGGCAGUCGCAGUUGCGAGCAUGGCAGCGCACGGCUGCCACGACCGCUGCGCGAUCCGCGCGGGGCUUCUGCUGCUGCUCGUCGGGUGCGCGUCCCUCCGGCCAAGGACUCGCCCCCCGUGGGCUCUGCUCGCCGCCGCCGCCGCCGUCUUCAGCCUCGCCAGGGUCGCGCCCGUUCUCGGCCAGAACGAGACGGAGCCCAUCGUGCUGGAGGGAAAGUGCCUGGUCGUGUGCGACUCCAGCCCCUCGGUGGAGCACGCCGGAGCAGCUGGAGCCUCCUUCGGGAUCUCGGUUCGAUCCGGCAACGCCAAGGUGGCCUUCUCGGUCAUCCGGAGCACGAACCACGAGCCGUCAGAGAUGAGCAACCGGACCAUGGUUAUUUACUUCGAUCAGAUCCUGGUGAAUCACGGGGCGAGCUUCGACGCCGAGCGAAGCAUGUUCGUCGCUCCGCGGAAAGGGAUCUACAGCUUCAAUUUCCACGUCGUCAAAGUGUACAACAGGCAGACGAUACAGGUCAGCCUGAUGCUCAACGGGUGGCCCAUCAUCUCGGCGUUCGCCGGGGACCAGGACGUGACGCGGGAGGCGGCGAGCAACGGCGUUCUGCUGCUCAUGGAGAAGAGCGACCGCGUCUACCUGAAGCUCGAGCGGGGCAACCUCAUGGGCGGCUGGAAGUACUCCACCUUCUCGGGGUUCCUCGUCUUCCCGCUGUGAAGGGAGAUCGGCGGGCUGCUUUUGUUUUGUUUUGUGCUUGGUGGGGAGGUGGUGGUGGGGCGGUGGGGGCAAGGCAGGUGGGUGCGGUGGGGGUAGAGUGGGGUGGCCGUGUGUGUGUGUGUGUGCAGUUGAGGGCAGGGGGAGUGGGGAGGAGGAGAUGUAGGGCCCUCCAAUGUGCCAGCGCCGUCCGGUCUCUCCUCCGGAGCUACAAGCGUCGCUGCGUGCAGCGAGCGGUGGAAGAGACUCUGUGGCAGCACGAAGAGUGCGCGAUUCGAUGUGCACCCGUGUGGAAGUUCCAUUGUUUUAUUGUUGUUUAAUUUCCCUUGAAACAAAAAUAUACAAAAGUUAUUAUUCAACAUUACUGUUAUCAUUACAGUAUUUAUCUUUGGCCGUGCACACUAUACACAACGCGGGGACUUGACAGUGCACAAACGCAAAAGAAUUUGAGUUGUGCCGAUGAGGCCGUGGAUCUGUAAAGCUUCCCCCCUCCCCACUUGAUGUCCAAGAUGCCACGAUGGCAAAGCGUGAAGAUAACAAAAAAAAACAGCAGCAGCAACAACGCAUCCUACACGUGCGGAUGCGGAGCGCGCAGAGGACAAUUCAACUGACGCUCCUGUAUAAGGUAUCUUUGGUCGUUUGUUCGUGUUAUGAUACGUACAGUACAUAAAUAUGUAUAUGUAAUAGUGUGUGAGCCAUCGAAAGCAGAUUUGAUAUUCGCUUUGCAAGAUCGUGGGCAUCGUUAAAAAAAAAUCUAUUGAAAUGAGCGGAACGCAAAAAAAAACCCGAAUAAAAAAGCCGUAUUUAAAACAAAGGAGUCGUUCUAAAAACAAAAAAAAAACACAUUCCUGUGAUCAUGUAAGUGUUUAUCGUGAACUACGAUGUCAUUACGCGUUCUCGUGUCCACCCUCACCUCUCGCACUCCCUGGCCCUCUCGCGCUCACAGCUCCCCCCCCUCCCCCCGAACACGCUGGCCACGUUCGCCCUCGCCUCUCCACCGCACGACAAUCCCUGACCCCAAGAUCCCUGACCCCAAAACCACUCCGCCUCGCCUCUACACCCGCGCGCGUCAAAGCAGCGAAGUGGUGCCUUGUUUCGGUUGUUUCGUUUACCUACACAACUGCGAGGCGUGAAGACACAGAGGCGAGAAAUGUGUGCAGGAUCCACGGACUUGUACAACGAUUCACGAAUACAGAACCAUGUAACUGCAUCCUCCCCCCCCCAUCGCUCGGCCUAUGCUGGCAACACUCAAGUUUCAUUGCAAUUGAGACUGCGAUUUGUUUUUUUGAAGGGUAACGCGCAUUUCAGAGGAAGAUUUAAAUUAUGAUAGUUUACCGUAAUUAAGAUUAACAUUAAAGGUGAAUUGUUGUAAGCACAUUCGAUUGUGCUAAACCAAUAUUUUUGUUUUUGUACAUUUUUAUUAAAUUGUCACCCGUAUAUAUAU